CCACCUUGGAAGAAGCAGCUAUUGAAGACGCCAGAGAUGGACCAAAUUUUUUAGAAUAUCAAAUUAAUGGAGUAUUUGCUAAAGUUAAAUGGUGUGCGACUUGUAAAUUUUACCGUCAACCAAGAUGCUCUCAUUGUUCUAUCUGCAAUAGAUGCGUUGAUCUUCAGUGCUUUGACCAUCAUUGCCCAUGGAUAAAUAACUGUAUUGGGAAAAGGAAUUAUAGACACUUUUUCCUAUUUUUAUUAUCGUUAUCCAUACACAUGCUCUGUGUGUUUGCCUUGACAGUCCUUCAUAUUAUUCAGUCCAGACAUCAAAUUGAGUUGUUUACCAUAAUAAGGAUCUGCUUGGCUUCGCUUGUUGGCCUCCUUCUUAUACCUGUAUAUGGUCUUACGACUUUUCACGUUACUCUUAUCUCCAGAGGAAUGACGACAAAUGAACAGACACAAGUCAUUAUUGGUUAA